UACUUUUUGCAAUCAAAUUUACUAUCAGAUUCGAAUCCACAAUGCAUUUUCUGGGAAAAUUUGUAGCUUUCUUUCUCUUCCUGAUAUGGAACUUGGGCUCAUCUGGAAACUUAGUAGUACAAGCUUGCACAUUCUAUGUGAGUAACAAAUGUCCAUUUCCUAUAUGGCCUGCUACUGCCCCAAACAGUGGCCAUCCAGUUAUAGCCAAGGGAGGAUUCUAUCUACCACCGGGAAAAAUCCGAAAAUUCCAGGCCCCGGGAGACUGGAGUGGGCGCAUUUGGGCAAGGACGGGCUGCAAUUUCAACUCGAAUCGUAGGCCUGUCUGUGAAACAGGCGAUUGCAAUGGACAACUCGAGUGCAAUGGAAUCAUAGGCCUUCCUCCAGCUACACUAGUUGAAUUUGCACUGCAGGUCGAUGCGAAAAAACCAAGUUUCUAUGAUGUUAGUCUUGUCGACGGCUAUAAUCUCCCGGUUUCAGUUGACACAAAGACAUUAUCAAGAAAAUGUCACAUCGGAGGGUGCUGGAAGAAUUUGAAAAGCAUGUGUCCAGUUGAGCUCCAAGUAGUGAAUGGUCAAAGGGAAGUUGUGGCUUGCAAGAGUGCUUGUUUGGCUUAUGAUCUUGAUUCAUUCUGUUGCAGGAAUGAAUACGGCAGCCCAGAAAAGUGCAAACCUAGUUUGUAUUCGAAAUUGUUUAAGGAUGCUUGUCCCUCUUAUGUCAGUUAUGCCUUUGAAACACCAUCUCCAUUGGUUAACUGUGAUUCUGAUGAGUAUGUUAUAACAUUCUGCCCGGAUAAAUGGGGCGGUGAACAUAUGUCUACUUAAGAAUUAGGUGCUAAUUCUUGUGUUGUAUGCUUGUCUUAUUUUAUUCCAUUAAUAAAAUAAAAAUGUCUAUUUUCCUUAGCCUCUACAUGUAUUUCCAAUUCCUAUACAUGCAUUCUUGUAUUGAUUGAUUUGAAGAAUGUAAAAGGGCUUUAGUCGAUCGCUGGCAGCGAUCAUAGA